CGCCCAAAAACCCACCCCUGCAUUACAGAGCACAGCAGAGCAGAGCAGAGAGCACAAGAGCACAAGCGUCUAUGCUUCUGUGCUUCUGUGCUUCUGUGUGCGUUGGUAUGCCGUCAAGCUGCUCUCUCUCGCUCUCUUGUGUGCUGUGUGUGACACAAAGAGGAGUGUCAAGCAGCAUAAAUUUCAGCAUACAAAAUUCCACACACAAGCAACGCGUCGAGUAAAUUUUCGGCAACUUUUCCGGAGAAAAAUCGAGUGUAAAUACGCUGAAACAAAAUCAAGCUGAAGCUGAAGAAAAAUUCAAAGUUCCUAGCUCAUAGAUCUAAGCAGAAAUCGGUGUGAAUUAAUUCGUUAGCGGUAAAUGUUGCAAGUCUCAAACGGUGUGCUGUGUGUUUGUUUUUUUUGUUUUUUUUUUUCGGAGUCCAAAUGGGCCCAAGUGGCCGAUGGGAUAAAUCAAACAAGUUUCAACGUAUAAAAACGCGGCCCCCAGUGAGGCCCGCAGUGCGAAUGGAAAUCUUUAAGACAUCGUGCAAUCAUAAAUAAAACAUAAAUUAUGUUUUGCUGGCAGCAGAAAUAAAACCAUCAAAAAGGAAUGAAAAUGCCGAGCAACAAAAGCUUAAAUUAGUGAAAAUUGAAUAAAACAGAAGAAUAGACGAGACAGAGACAGAGACGAGACGAGACAAGAAGAGAAGAGGCACUGAAACGUUUUGAUAGAAAACGUAAAUAAAAGAGUCUCUGCCUGAGAGAGACAGUGCGGUGCGUGAAAGAGAGCAGCACACCGCCAGAAAACGUGCGAGCAAGUGAGGAGACAGACACAGAACGUGCGGAUACGGAUACCCCAAGAGGAGGCAACGCUAGAGAGAAGACAGCUCCAGAGAACGUGUGGGAGGAAGUUAGCAGACAGUCCCUCAUUGGAAGAGGAAGACCAAAGUGAGAAUAAAUCGCAAGGAGAGAAGACAGCCCCGUGAGGAGGAGAAACCGCCAGAGAGAGAGCACUGCGGAUUGGAGAGACAACCGCCCGCUGGCUCUGCGCCACACAAGACCCCACGAGACACGGCACGGCACGGCACGGCGAGGAGAACGUGUCGAGCAACAAAUUAAUAAUAAAAUAAAGAAACACACAAAUUGAAGAAAACAACAAAAGUCGCAGUAGCAGAGACACACUCACAGGCAGCAGCAGCAUCCGAAGCAGCGAUAGAAGCAGAAGCAGAAGCAGCCGCGGGAGCAGCAACAACGUUGCCAGAGGCACAGACGGAAGAUGGGCUGCGGGCAGAGCAAGAUACAUUUGUAUCCCAGGAAAUCGAAGAGUAAAGCUAAUGGCAAGAAAGGAGGACAUGCCGAUUCAGAUGCCGAAACGGAUGAGGACGAAGGCCACAUCGAGGACGCCGAGAAGGCACAGCAACGCGACCGCGAGAAGCACGAGGAGAGCGAGGAGCAAAGCAAUAAGGAUAUCCAGGACUCUGACGAGGAUGUGGCCGUGUCACUGCUGCGUGCCAAGAAUCUAUCGUUGCUGCAAAGCCAGGAAAUAUCCUCAAGCCAACAGAACUUUUUCCGCAUGCUGGACAGAAAGAUCGAUGAGGGUCCCGACUACGACUCGGCCAGCGAGACGGAAGUCGCCUUGGAGGAGGCACGUCUGAAUGCCCUGCGCCAGCAUUGGGAGUCCGCGAGCCUCACCGCCUCCAUUUGCUCCUCCGCCAGCCGCUCGCUACAGACUACGCCCAUCCGGCAGGUGCAGGUGCCGUUGAAGCAGCCACCGCGAAGCGCAGGGCUCCUACUCCAGCCCUCAGCGGCCUGUGGUACGAUGGCCGCGACGGAGUAUCUACCUCAGCAUGUUUUGGCGGGGCGACAACAGCAGCACCAGCAGCAGGCCGCAGUUCUCUACCAGCAACAACAGCAGCAGCAGCAGCAACAGCAGCUUAUCCUCCUGCCCCAGAUGGAUGCCAACAUUGUCCAUACGUCCACUGCUGCAGCCGCAGCGCAGCUUGCCCAGCUCCAACAGCAGCAGCAGCUCCAACAGCAGCAACAGAUCCAUCAGCAGCAGCUCCAACAGCAACAGCAGCAACUGUACCAACAACAGCAGCAGUAUAUGCUGUCCCUUCCCGCCGGAGUCAUGCAGCAGAGCGUCAGUCCCAAGCGACUGAUGUAUGGAGCGGCGCCCUCGCCGCCGAUCAGCUCCUGCCCUGUAUCCGCAGCCCCUCCUUCCGUUCAGUAUAUCACAGCCGGCUCCCAACUCAUGCAGCAGCCGGGUGCAGCGGGUUUCCUUAAUGGCGCCGGCGCCAGCGGGGUGGGAGUGGGAGUGGGAGUAGGACGAGCGCCUUUGCAGCUGGCCUACUACGGCGCACCGGGCACUCCCCCCCAGGGAGCUGCGACAUCGGCUUCCCUGAAUGCCCCCGAAACGUACGAAAUACAAACCGCUCCACACAGCCAAAGUCAGCAACAGCAAAAGCAGCCGCCACCGCCACCGCCUCCGGGUGGCUACUACGGCGAGAUCAUGCACGGAGUGCAGCAGGCCGCACCCGCUGCGGAAUACAAGUUUCCGGCGGCCAUUAGCGUUCAGCGAUUGGCGCCGCAAGUGCAGCGGCAGCUGCGCGAGACGCAGGAACUCAUAAAAGACUCGUGCCCGCAGCUGUAUGCCGCGGGCUAUGGCAGCCCAGGACCACCGAUACGCAAUCCCAGCAGAAAUCCAACUAGAACUAGACCCACCCUGGAGACCCAGUUCUCGCAGGAACUAUCGUGAUAUCUAUAUAUGUAACAAACAGCAAGCAAACGCAAACGCAACCGUAGCAAAGGAUAAAACCACAUUCUGAACAGAAUCAGUGUUAGAUAAACCGCAGCCAAAGAACAGGAAGAACUAAUUAACCAAAACUAUAAAAAACUACAAGAAAAAAAAUCGCGAAAAGCCAAAAAAAAAUCGAAGAAAAUCAAUUAAGAAAUUGUAAAACUGCACUCGAUGUUUCAGACCCCUCCCGAACCGGGUAGAUUGUGCCCCCCCAUAUACGACAAAACUAUACGCGUAUUAAUUACUAAAACCACGGUUGCCACUAUUAGUCCCAAAACACCAAAACUGGUCCUCUUUUUGAUCGCUGGCCCACUUUUCCACCAAAUGGUCCCUUUUUUUGCUUCUAUUCAUAGUUUUAAUUCGAUAUUAUUACAUAAAGAUUUUGUACAAUGACAAAAGCUAUUAUAAAAACGUCGUUUUAUAGGUAUAAUGUCGGUCAAUCGAUACCAAUAUUUCCACCGAUCACAAGAACGCUCAAUACAGCCAUAACGACAUACAAAUGUGAGGUCGACUUUUGCCAAAUUUAAUGAUGAUCGUUUGCGAAAUUGAUGUCCUAUUUUCUGAUGCCAAAAAGAAGUCAAUCGACCCCAAAUUCGAGGCUGGUCCCAUGGCAUUUCUUUGAAAUCCUUAACAAGCACAUUUUCCAAAGGCAACCAAAAAAAUGAGGCAUACUUUUGGGGUUCCUCUUUCACUGUUAAGCAUAAGUCCUUCAAGAACUUGAGGUCUCAUCCGAACCCAAGCAAUCAAGUAUACUUUUCCGAUCACAAGAAGUCGUGGCACGCCCAGAAUGGCCUUCUAAUAGCUCUAGUAAAGUAUGAUUGCUACUGAUUACAGAAAUCAUGGCAUUCUUUUGGGCGGAUCUGUAGUUAAAAAGUAGAUGUCCUCCCGGUCACGAAAUGACAUGCCACGCCCCGAUCGGAUGCCGUUUGGCAGAGAUAUAGCGUGAAGAAGAAACCAGUAUUUGGUGUGAAAAUCAGAAUCUUUCGAAGGCUAUAUCUUAGUCAAAUAGGGCCAGAUCGGUGAAGGACCAACUUUCCCAGGAUAGCGAGGAUCCAGCCCGUCGAACGGCAUCGA